UCACAAAGCAUGUUUAGCACGGGAAAUUAAAUUUCAUGAGAACGCCCAAGGAUGAUGCGUGGUCAAUUGGCCAACUGCGCAACUGACGGCGCCAAGCUGACCCUGAGGUGCGUGCCUUGGCUGCGCUUUGAUGUGGGUAUGCGCAAUUGUUUGACAUUGUUAGAUUUGCGGCUCAUGAAAACAGAUGACUUAGAGUCCCCAAAAACACUGGCUAGAGCUAAGGAAUACAAGUAACAGCUCACUCACUUUCACCAGAAGCCCGAAGGCGAGAUACGCGUAGCGGUCUUUCUGUUCGGGGGUAUAUAAUACUUGCCAACGCCACAUUAAAUGCGACAUUGUGGUCAACAGCUGAUUCGAUAAGCAAAUAUCUAAACUCAGCAAUUUGAACAAGCAGGAUAUAUGCGUUGAUCAUUCUGUUAUGUGGGGGCGUAGUAGGAAUUCAAAGAAAUAUAUUCUACAUUGGUCGAUUAAGAUGAAGCGGUUUGUUGCCCUUGCAGCUACGGUUGUCGUAGCUAGCGCUACAAACGGUUUUGGCGGAGGAUUUGGAAGUGUUGUUGGUGGAGUCGUAAAUGGUGGUUAUGUCCAAGGCCAUCAUCACAACAUUCCCAAGGUGAACUACGUAGUGAACAAGGUCACCAAGCCGGUUCCUGUGCCUCAUCCGGUGCUCGUACCACAUGUGGUCCCUGUGCAUAAGCCCGUGCCGGUAUAUAAAGGUGUACCUGUACCCAAACCUGUCCCAGUUCCUCACACUGUGCACCAAUACUAUCCUGUACACAAAGAGGUGCCUGUGCGUAAAGAGGUUCCUGUGCCUGUACCUGUCGAAGUGAAGAAACCCUACCCUGUUCAUCAUGUUGUUAAAGUACCACAGCCAUAUAUUGUGCACGUACCAAAACCUUAUGUUGUUCAUAAGCCAUACCACGUACCCGUUGAGGUGGAAAUUCCUAAACCUUACGUGGUCCCUAUCCACAAGCCGUGCCCUGUCACAGUCAAAAAACCCGUACCUGUUGAGGUUCCUAUUAUUAAAACCAUUCCUGUAGCAAUUAAAAAGCCUGUCGCUAUUCCCGUAUUCUCCUAUGACUAUGCCGCUCUCGGUCUGACCAGAGACUUCGAAGGUCUUGGAGGCUUUAGAGGAGGUUAUGGGUAUGGACUUGAACUUUAUAAGAAGGCUAAAGCCUAGACUCUUUUAGAACUCAACUGUUGACGGAUAUAUGGUAGACGAAUCUGCUUGCGAGAACUUUAACAUUUUAACCUUUAAAGAUUAUUAAAGUUGGUGAACAUAACAAUGUAUUUAACAAUGAAGUACGUUUCACGCGCUCAACUGGGUGAUUCAGAAGAAAACGAAAAUUUACCUAAUGAGAUUUUGUCCACCACGCCAUAGUAGUUGAACUGCAGAUUGCAUCUGGGGGCAGGGGGGGAGGGGUAAACAGCUAAACGGCAAAUAAACGGACCGUAUGUUAAAUGUCAAGGAUAUGAAGAUCUAGGUAAAGUUUACCCCCUCAGUUCAUCCCUUAUUGCGGUUAAAUUGUAACAUAUCAAUCAUCCUUUUAGGAAUAUUAAUUUGUGACGCUCAAUAGCCAAAUUGCCUAAAACUCAAAAUACUAGCUUAACUACUUGACUUCGCUUCUAUAUUUCCAGCAUGACCAUCAUAACUUUGCAAGCCAUGAAUAUAUCCACUAAUGUUUCAUGCUGUCUACUUAUGGUAAAAAUAAAAAUUAUGGUUUUAAGUUGGGAGCCGUAUAACAGGCUUGUACAACUAAUAGGGGCAUACAUAUGUAUAACUAUACAACGAAGAAAUGGUCCAAUCUAAUAUGGACACUUCGUUGAAUAAUAAUUGCAGUCGUGUAAACAUACCUACUAAGAACAUGUCAGUAAAUAUGUUACCCUAAUGAAGUAAUCAUCGAUACUUUGACACGAGUGAUCAGAAUGAAUAUAUUAAUAGAAUUAAUAAAUCAUCUUCAAAUACAAACUUAAUAUCAAACGGUUACCUUCUUUUUCGUGUCGUCGCUGCGUGCAUAAUCAGAGAGAGCACUUACAUGAGCGUAACAUGGACAUGAAUGAAAAUAAACAUGUCAAACCGCAAUAGCAUAAAGCUGUUAUAUUGGUUAACACUAUCACAGCUUAGUAAUCAUUAAGCUAAGGGCGCUACAUAACUCGCUAAAAAAAUACUUUAGACGAAAUCGUUUUUAGAAUAGCCAGCAACCCGAGCACUUCACGUUUAGCUUUUAAACUAUGGAAAUAAUAAACAAUACGUUAUGGAAAUAUAUAUAUCACAGGAGCACGCAAAGUAUAUCUAUAUGCUCAGUUUUUCGUUUUGUCUCGUAGAUUGCGAAAUUUAGCCAAAAAAUUCAAAAAAAUACUGUGUCGGCAAACUUCUGACAAACCUGCUUAUGAUCAUUUUUUUUUUCACGUAGAACCUCUCUUCAAACAUGUUGUCUGCUUCUCGCAAACUAGACAGUUAAGUCAACAAUAAAAGAAGAUCAGAAGUAUAUGAAAGUGCCGUAGGUGUAGUUUUGGAAACGCACAGUAUAGAUAUGUACCCACAGCAACAAAAAAAUAUUCCGAGUUUGCGUUCGGUAUCUCCAUCAAGUAUAUUUUUCUACAGACGUUUAGCCUUUUUCAACGCGAAAAAAGACGUGUACGGCAAUUCCGAACCUAAAUCAUAGCGUGUCUUGUUUUGAAGGAAGGUGUGUUACUACUACAUAUUUAUGGGAACAAUAUUCGCUAUCCUAAACACUCGAAAAAAAAAAAAAGGAAAAGCUUUCCUUUUUGGUACAGAAUAUGGUAUUCGUUACGCUGGAAACACGAGGUUCGUUUCCUACAUACAGGCAAGGGUCAGCUAUUGCUCGAAUCUUCGUGUCAGAUGAACACUUAACCGAGACAUAUAUCCGUAAAACGGACAUCUAUGUUGUCGUCGGUUGUUAGAGAUCUACUGAAGAAUACAUUAAAAGCAAUUGUGGCAUCAAAAUAGAAUAUUCAUAAUAAGGACUGGAUUGAACGGCUAUGAAAGUUUACGCAAAGGGUUAGCUAGACCACUGCCUGAUAGUUUAACCGAUUCAGUACAGGAAUUAGCAGCUAUUGUCGAAACGGGUAUAUCUUCGCCCGAAUAGGUCGCCCGAAAAUAGCACUAUAUAGUAUAAAGUGUGAUGAGUUUACUGUUAUAAAAU